AAAUUUAGCAAAAUUGUUUCUGAACAGCUGGUAACACUGUUUGUGUACUUCAAUGAGUUCUUUUACGUUAUUUUCUUUGCCGUGGUAAAACUCCGACGUCAAAAUGGGCAAGGGGAAUAAUAUGAUACCUAAUGGACAUUUCCACAAGGAUUGGCAAAGAUUUGUUAAAACUUGGUUUAACCAGCCAGCUCGACGAUACCGCAGAAAGCAAAAUAGAAUAAAGAAAGCUAAGGCCGUAGCUCCACGUCCUGCAGCUGGGCCGUUACGUCCUAUAGUGCGAUGCCCAACUGUUCGGUACCAUACUAAAGUACGCGCCGGUAGAGGAUUCACUCUUCGUGAAAUUAGGGCCGCAGGAUUGAACCCAGUAUUUGCCCGAACGAUUGGAAUUGCUGUAGAUCCCCGUAGACGCAACAAGUCUGUUGAAUCAUUGCAAAUCAAUGUUCAAAGAAUAAAGGAAUACAGAGCGCGUCUUAUACUGUUCCCGAAAGGCAAAAAGGUGCUGAAGGGUGAGGCCAAUGAAGAAGAACGUAAGCUGGCUACACAGCUACGUGGUCCAUUAAUGCCAGUUCAACAGCCUGCUCCUAAAUCAGUUGCAAGACCUAUCACUGAAGAUGAAAAGAACUUCAAAGCUUAUCAAUACCUGAGAGGAGCUCGCUCCAUUGCCAAACUCGUCGGUAUCCGGGCUAAGAGAUUGAAGGAUGCUGCUGAGAAUCCGGAUGAUGUUACAAAAGCACCAACCGCUAAAGAAGUGAAGCCUAAAAAGUGAAUGAAUAAAAAAAAUACAUUUUA